AUGGUCAACCCCUCGGUCCCCAACGACUACGCCCUCUCCCCGGCUGAGGCGACUCCUCAUCUGACCAUCAAUCACGAUGUGGCUGCCGACCUAGACUCGAGCAACGCCUUUGAAGGCCCUGAGAAGCUCCUCGAAGUCUGGUUCGCCCCCGGCCCUGAGUCGCUCCCCGCGAGCGCCCAGCCCAACGGGUUGAAGGCCGUCUCCGCCGACACCUGGGUCACCAUGCUCGACAUGGUUAACUGCAAGAUCCUCUCCGUCCUCGAGUCCGAGUCGGUCGACGCCUACCUGCUAUCCGAGUCCAGCUUGUUCGUCUUCCCUCACAAGCUCAUUCUCAAGACUUGCGGCACCACCACUCUGCUCCUGGGUCUGCAGCGACUGCUUCACAUCGCUGCCGAGCAUGCCGGAUUCCCCUUCCACAAUGCCGAGAAUGCGACAGACAUCAAGGCUGCCGCGACCCCCUACCGCGUCUUCUACAGCCGCAAGAAUUUCUUGUUCCCCGAUCGCCAGCAGGGUCCCCACCGCAGCUGGAGGUCCGAAGUCAAAUACUUGGACGACCUCUUUGAAGGUGGCAGCGCCUACAUGGUCGGCAAGAUGAACGGUGACCACUGGUACCUCUACAUCACUUCGCCAAACAAGACCUUGACCCCCCCUCGAACUCCGGACGAGAAGGAGGCGACCCCGGGGUCCGCGUCCAAGAUUCCCACUGGCAGCGUGGCCAGCUUUGGCAGCGGCAUUGAGGAGCGCAGCGACGAGACUCUCGAGAUUCUCAUGACCGAUCUCGACCCUGAGAAUGCGAAGCAAUUCUACUUGUCGCACGCGAGUGCGGUCGCCACCGACAAGUCGCAUUUGCUGCAGACCCAGGCCGCUCGAGAUGACGCGCACCAGAGCUUGGGCGACAUGUCUCAGGUCCCCGAGAAGUCGGGUGAUGAGCACGUCGACGUCUUCGAGAACACUUGCGAGUCAGACCUCAACGACGGCGAGCGUGCCGCGACCGAGGCUUUGACCACCGAGGGUCACGCUAUUGGCACUGUCGUCUCCGAGGGAUGCGGCCUGUCGAGCGUCUACCCUACUAGCAAGUACCCUGGUGCUCGUGUUGACGCCUACCUCUUCAGUCCCUGCGGCUUCUCCGCUAACGGCGUGGUUCCUGCCAUCACGGAUGGCGAGGACGCCUCUCAGAGCGAGAAGGGUGGAAACGCCGCUCACUACUUCACAGUCCACGUGACCCCUGAGCCCAACUGCUCGUUCGCCUCUUUCGAGACCAACGUUCCCGGCGGUCAGAGUGGCCGCACCACUGCUGAGAUCAUUGAGCACGUUGUCGACAUCUUCAAGCCCGGCCGCUUCAGUGUCACUCUCUUUGAGGCCAAGGGCAAGAGCGCCAACCCAUACGGCAUGGGCGACCAUGCUUCCCGCACGACUGCCGCUCAGCGCCUGGUUGAUCCUGUUCGUGGAUACCGUCGCAUUGACCGUAUUGUUCACGACUUUGAGGACUACGAUCUCGUGUUCCGCUUCUACGAGAAGGACGACUGGGCGGGUGACCGUGAGGCUCGCCUGGGAGAGUUGAUGUAA